GGCGAGAGACCAAACAAAGAGGAGUGACUAUCACCAGAUUACGAAACAAGAUUUUAUUUCACCCAGAAAGAGUGACUAUCACCAGAGUGAGAAACAAGAUUUUAUUUCACACAGAAGGAGGAGUGACUAUCACCAGAGUGAGAAACAAGAUUUUAUUUCACACAGAAAGAGGAGUGACUAUCACCAGAGUGCGAAACAAGAUUUUAUUUCACCCAGAAAGAGGAGCGAGUAUCACCAGAUCAUGAGGACUUGUCUGAUCAUCAGCCUCAGUCUUAUCACAGUUAUAGCUGAGAUGUCCUUCGGGCAACCCAAGCCAGAGCCCAUUACACUGAAGGCGUUUGCAGGUGGAGCCGUCCUUGUGGCGUGCAGCUCUGCAGCUAGAGGAGGCUCGAGGGACAUGUUCUUCUGCAGGGAUGGGGGGCAACAGAACUGUAUCACAGAUAAAAUCACUCCCGUGAGUGGUAGCAGGCUAUCUCUAUGUAAUGCAGAGAAAGGACCUCCAAAGGUUCUCAUGACACAACUGAGAGUGUCUGAUUCUGCCGUGUAUCAAUGCGGAGUGAAAACACAUCAGAAUACAUACAGAAACACCACCUUCCGUUUAGAGGUGACUGAAGACCCUUUGUAUGGCAAAUCCGUUGACAUCAAUGGCCAAAUGGGAGAAAAUGUCACCAUUAGAUGCCAGUAUCCGGACAAAAACAAAAACACCUUCAAGUAUCUGUACAGGCAGCCCAAUGUGUCGCACUGCGCUAAGCUUGUCUCAUCUGAAGAUGCAAGUGAAGACAGCAGAUAUGAGAUGUUUGAUGAUAAGGAGAGGGGAAUUUUCACGGUGACAUUCCGGAGGCUAACGCUGGAGGAUGCUGCUGGGAUGUACUGGUGUGGAGUAGGAACUGGGAAAUCAACGGGUAGCAGAAGCCUCAUCACACAGGUGAAACUACAUGUCAUCGAUCCAGCACAUCAAAGAGAGAAUGUAACCACAGCAUGCACCACUUCCUGUUUAAGAGAGCAGACACCUGCAGAGACAUCCACACAGCCAGAGACGCUCACGUCUCGCAACAGAGUUGCUCCCGAUUGGACCGUCUCCAUUAUCAUCAUCUCUCUGGUGGGUUUCCUCACUGGACUGGCAGCUUUGCUCCUCUUUAUUUUUUGGAGAAGAAGAACGACUCAGACGAGGCCCAUCUCUUCACCAAACGGACAACCCAAUGGUAGGAGGGGAGACACUGGGGCAGAUCGUGUCUAUGAGGAGAUCAGGGACACCAGCCACCCAAAACCAGCAGCGACUAGCAGCAGCAGCAGCUCAGCAGAGGGUGUUUAUGCCCUUGCCCAGUUACCCUCGCCUGAGGGUGUUUAUGCCCUCACCCAGUUACCCUCGGAGGGCUGCGGCUACUCCACAGUCAGCUUCAACAGGCACUCGAGCAGCCCUGACCACACCAGAGGGACGGUAACCACAAGAGCAGUCAACACUGAAUAUGCUACUAUCCAGUGUCACACAUAAUCUCUCUCUCUCUCUCUCUCUCUCUCUCUCUCUCUCUCUUC